AUGGCGAACCCGCCGCCGUACUUCUCCGCCGGUCCGUACUCGGCGCCCGCGCCGGCGGCGAAGGAUCAGGACGCGGCGAAGGAGGAUCAGGACGUGGCGCAGCUCGUGCUCGAGCUCUGCGUCCCAGAGCUCCGCGAGAAGGCUCUCCUCCUCCUCUCCAAGAAACGAGAAAAAUGUGAAGAUCUUGCUCUGCUACUGUGGCACUCUUAUGGUACAAUGGCUGCACUACUCCAGGAAAUUGUGUCAAUUUAUCGAUCACUUUCACCCCCAAAAUUAUCGUCUGAGCAAUCAACUCGAGUCUGCAAUGCCCUUGCACUCCUUCAGUGUGUCGCAUCGCACCCUGAUACUAGGAUGCCAUUCGUAAAUGCACUGGUUCCACUGUACCUCUUCCCUUUCUUGAACACUACCUACAAAACAAGAGAAUAUGAGUUCUUGAGGCUUACCAGCCUGGGUGUGAUCGGUGCUCUUGUGAAGUUUGAUGACAAUGAAGUCGUUGCGUUUCUACUGACAUCUGAAAUAAUUCCUUUGUGUCUGCGUGCUAUUGAUAUGGGCAGUGAACUCUCGAAAACGGUGGCCACUUUUAUUAUUCAAAAGAUUAUGCUUGAUGACGCAGGGCUUGCAUAUAUAUAUGCUUCUUCUGAACGUUUCUGUGCUGUAGCCAGUGUGCUAGCUCAGAUGGUUGAAGAACUUGUUGAACAGCCUUCCCCAAGGUUGCUGAAGCACAUAAUCCGCUGCUACCUCAGGCUGACAGAUGACGGAAGGGCCUGCAAUGCGCUACGCAAUAUCCUCCCCACCGUGUUGAGAGACGGGACAUUCAAUGACUUAAUCGAGGUCGAUCUCACGGCAAGGCUAUGGCUCCACCAGCUGCUGCAUAACAUCAUGAUGAUGUCAAACGGUGGAGGCGGCCCUCACCCUGUACUGGGUCGUGCCAUGGGGAUGUGA